UUUAAGGAUUAUACCGGUUUUGCAAACAUUUUUCGCGGCAAAACUAUAAAAAUUUAGGAAUAAUAAUAAGAAUUGGAAGACGAAACAUGAACACCUUGCACAAAGUUUUGCUUCACCGAAUUUCUGGGCUCCGACAGUGCUUUGCCCUUGGUUUAAGAAAUGUCUACACAUGCCAAGUUUUAUUGGACUUAAAGAAGUUCAAUCUCCCCGAAGAGGAGAGCCGAGCGGAGACGAGGUUGAAGGCUCAAGAUAAGGUGCCGUCAACGUUCAGACUUGUUUACAGAGCUCCGAUGAAGUCCUAUGUCAUGAUGAAUCAAGUCACUUCCACUAUCGGCGUUGCAGUUAUUGGAAUUGGAGGAAUCUAUCGCGCAGCGAACACACUUAUGUUGGACCUUCCGAUGUCUUCGUUGCUUGCAACAGAUGUGAUGACACCAGUGGAAUUAGGGAGCAUUGUCACUAUCUCGACAAUGUUUCUGGUAGUUUUAAUGUACUUCAACCUACGUUACCCACUCAGAAUUUACAGAUGUGAAAAUACCUCCAGAUACAUAUACUUGAAGUAUGGCUGGAUUCCCCUAAUGACUCACAAAUAUGAAACUAGAUCUGGCUGCUGGACUGCGAAGAAAGAGUAUGAUAACUCACAACCUUUACAAUUCUACUAUGAUUCUGCCAACAAGUCUACACUGAUUGUCUUUAAACCUUAUUUUAGAAGCUCGGAUGACUUAGCAGAAUUACAAGUCAAGCCAAAAAAAAGUGACGUUAAGAAAUAAAUUUAUCUGUAAAAGUAGGAAUUAAUUCGAAGUCUGUUCAUUUUAUUUGUCUCAUUAUUAAGAAUGCAGAAUUUGGGCAAAAGAAAUAUUUUAUUGCAGGUAAAAUUGUCGAGAUGACUUUCUUACUUAACUGAUAACUUAUGGACAAGUCGUACGUAUUGCAAAAGCAUGUGUGGAAUUAACAAUUUGGCCUUCAGUUUAUUUAAAAUUAAAAAGUUAUUUAAAUAAAAAAGGACCAAUAGGCGUUAUUUUACUUUGACAGUUCACAUCUAAGCUGUGCGUAGAAUUAGGUGAACUCCGGAGUCAGUGAAGACUGGCUCGCUGAGUUCCCCGACAUUAAGAGCAAAGGAAGCGUUUUCGAAUGGCUUUUGCAUGGCUCCUCUUCCGAAAAGCCCCAGAUCACCACCACGCUUGGCGGAACUGCAGUCCGAGUAUUGUUCAGCCAGUUCGGCCAAAGUUACUUUUCCUGAGACAAUUUCAU